AGGGGAAGACGGCCGCAUGCCCGCGCAUGGCACCUCCUGGUCUCCGCUCCAUCACCGCCGCCCGGCUGCCGUGACGAUGCCGCCACCACCGCAGUGCUCCGGGGGCGAGGACGCGUCCAGGACUGAUGGACGCUACUUCCGGCGGUGAGAGCGUCGUCGUUCCGGAUUCCUUUUCUUCCUCUUUGACGUCCUGCCUCCGCGGUGCUGAUGCGGGAUGCUGACGAUGCUCUAAACUGACGUCAUUCGACGGACCGACACCGGGUCAAAGUCGAGAGCUACUAUUAUUAGUGUGAAACUCCACUGACAGGAUGAUCGAGGAGGGCAGCAAGCGAGGGAAGGCGGUGGUGGAGAAGAGGCAGCUCUUCAUGGAGAUGAGAGCUCAGAACUUUGACGUGAUCAGACUGUCCACCUACAGGACGGCCUGCAAACUGCGCUUCGUGCAUAAGCGAUGCAACCUGCACCUGGUGGACGUGUGGAACAUGAUCGAGGCCUUCCGGGACAACGGCCUCAACACGCUGGACCACGGCGCCGAGAUCAACGUGUCUCGCCUGGAGACCAUCCUGUCCUCCAUCUACUACCAGCUCAACAAGCGGCUGCCCACCACGCACCAGAUCAACGUGGAGCAGUCCAUCGGCCUGCUGCUCAACUUCAUGGUGGCCACCUACGACAGCGAAAGCCACGGCAAGCUGACGGUCUUCUCCAUGAAAGCCAUGCUGUCCACAAUGUGCGGCGGCAAAAUCGUGGACAAGCUGCGCUACAUUUUCUCACAGAUCUCCGACUCGAGCGGCGUGAUGGUGUUCGCCAAGUUCGACCAGUUCCUCCGCGAGGUGCUCAAGCUCCCCACCGCCGUCUUCGAGGGCCCCUCCUUUGGCUACACCGAGCACUCGCUGAGGACCUGCUUCCCCCAGCAGAAGAAGAUCGUGCUGAACACUUUUUUGGACGUGUUGAUGGCGGACCCCCCACCUCAAUGCCUCGUCUGGCUGCCGCUGAUGCACCGACUCGCCAACGUCGAAAAUGUCUUCCAUCCGGUGGAAUGUUCCUAUUGCCGGAGCGAGAGCAUGAUGGGUUUCCGCUACAGGUGCCAACAGUGCCACGGCUACCAGCUGUGCCAGAGCUGCUUCUGGCGGGGCCACGCCAACGGUCCCCAUAGCAACCAGCACCAGAUGAAGGAGCACUCGUCCUGGAAGUCUCCCGCCAAAAAGCUGAGCCACGCCAUCAGUAAAUCUCUGGGCUGCGUCCCCAUCGGAGAGCCCCCGCACCCCGUGUUCCCCGAGCAGGCCGAGAGACCCCAAGACCCCCCUCACGCCGUCGUCCUGGAGAGUCCCAGCCGGCUGGACGAGGAGCAUCGCCUGAUCGCCCGCUACGCCGCACGCCUGGCGGCCGAGGCGGGGAACUCCACGCAGCAAUGUCCUCCCUCGGACUUGGGCUUCAACUUCGAUGCCAACAAGCAGCAGAGGCAGCUGAUUGCAGAGCUGGAGAACAAAAACAGGGAGAUCCUGCAGGAGAUCCAGAGGCUGCGCCUGGAGCACGAGCAGGCCUCCCAGCCCACGCCGGAGAAGGCCCAGCAGAACCCUACGCUGCUCACCGAGCUACGGCUCCUGAGACAUAGAAAGGACGAGCUGGAGCGUCGCAUGUCGGCCUUGCAGGAGAGCCGGCGGGAGCUGAUGGUGCAGUUGGAAGGACUCAUGAGGCUGCUGAAGGACGAGGAACAGAAGCAGGGAUCCCAGUCCGGAGGCUCCCCGCACUCAUCCCCCAGCCACGGGGCGGGCUGCUCCAUGCCCAUGCCCAUACGCUCCACCUCGGCUGGCUCCACCCCCACUCACACGCCGCAGGACUGCCUGGCGGGCGUGGGUGGCGACGUGCUGGAGGCCUUUGCUCAGGGUGUACCUCGGAAUCUGCGCAACGACCUCCUGGUUGCCGCCGACUCCAUCACCAACACCAUGUCGUCGCUGGUGAAAGAACUGCACUCAGUGGACGACGGGAUGGACGAGGAGGAGACCAACAUGAGGAACGGCGGAGAGAGAGGCACCAUGCGAGUACACAGGCAGUGAGCGGAGAAGACAAGUCCAUCCUUGCAGGCCAGCCAUCAGGAACGAUCCGUAACAACAACAACAACAACAACGAACCCACCAUUAGCUCGUAGACUUAUGCAUGCUGUAAUCUCGGCUAAAUGCUAAACAAUGUUGCGGGUAGCAGCCGGCGUAAUUGUGUACAUAGAACACCGCCGUCACGUGGCCACGCCCCCAACAGCACUUGGCUCCUGUCACAAGAUUAGCCCCGCCCACCCACCCCCCACACAUCUUUGCAUGACGCUCACGUGUGGCCAUCACUACUCUACACUUUAUGAACACGUGUUUACAAUGUUAGCAUACGUAGCAUAUGCUACCAUCUCCAAAUGUGUCGAUUUUAUUUUCGGCGUUUAGAAAUGAAAAAGAAAGAAAAAAAAAAUGCUGCUUUUUAAACGGUUCUCUCUAGUACGGAACACCGAGAACGACUAGCUUUGCAUAAGCGACAAGUACAAAACGAUUUUUUGCAAGUAAACAAAACUCCAUGCUAGGACGUUAGCAUCGCAACAACUCGAGUACACAGUAGUACCUGUACUACGGCGUGAAAUUACUGCCCGUACUCCACAAACGUGUUUCUACGUAACGCCCAACGUUAUGCCAGUAAACAAAAUAAUUUUCAAGUAAAUAAAUGAUUUUUUACAAGUAAACAAAACUUCAUGCUAGGACGUUAGCAUCGCAACAACGCGAGUAGACAGUAGUUCCUGUACUACGGAGUGAAAUGAUUGCCCAAACUCCACAAACGUGUCCAACGAUUUGCCAGGAGACAAAAAUUAUUUGCAAGUAAAAAAACAAUUUUUUUUGCAAGUAAACAAAACUCCAUGCUAGGAAGCUAGCAUCGUAACAUCGCGAGUACACAGUAGUACCUGUACUACGGCGUGAAAUUACUGCCCGAACUCCACAAACGUGUUUCUCCUUAACGCCCAACGUUUUGCCAGUAAACAAACAAAUUUUGCAAAUCAAAAUAAUGAUUUUUUGCAAAUAAACAAAACUUCAUGCUAGGACGUUAGCAUCGCAACAACGCGAGUACACAGUAGUACCUGUACCACGGAGUGAAAUUAUUGCCCAAACUCCACAAACGUGUCCAACGAUUUGCCAGUAAACAAAAAUUAUUUGCAAGUAAAAAAACGAUUUUUUUGCAAGUUAACAAAACUCCAUGCUAGGACGUUAGCAUCGUAACAUCGCGAGUACACAGUAGUACCUGUACUACGGCGUGAAAUUACUGCCCAAACUCCACACAUGUUUCUACUUAACGUCCAACGUUUUGACAGUAAACAAAAUAAUUUGCAAGUAAAAAUAAUGAUUUUUUGCAAGUAAACAAAACUCCAUGCUAGGACGUUAGCAUCGCAACUACGCGAGUAGACAGUAGUACCUGUACUACGCAGUGCAAUGACUGCCCAAACUCCGCAAACGUGUCCAACCAUUUGCCAGUAAACAAAAAUUAUUUGCAAGUAAAAAUAUGAUUUUUUGCAAGUAAACAAAACUCCAUACUAGGACGCUAGCAUCGCAACAACGCGAGUACACAGUAGUACCUGUACUACGGCGUGAAAUUACUGCCCGAACUCCACAAACGUGUUUCUACAUAACGCCCAACGUUUUGCCAUUAAACAAAAUAAUUUGCAAGUAAAUAAAUGAGUUUUUGCAAGUAAACAAAACUUCAUGCUAGGACGUUAGCAUCGCAACAACGCGAGUAGACAGUAGUUCCUGUACUAUGGAGUGAAAUGAUUGCCCAAACUCCACAAACGUCUCCAACGAUUUGCCAGUAUACAAAAACUGUUUGCAAGUAAAAAAACUAUUCUUUGCAAGUAACCAAAACUCCAUGCUAGGACGUUAGCAUCGCAACAACGCGAGUACACAGUAGUACCUGUACUACGGCGUGAAAUUACUGCCCGUACUCCACAAACGUGUUUCUAAUUAACGCCCAACGUUUUCGCCAGUAUACAAAAUAAUUUGCAAAUAAAAAAAAUGAUUUUUUGCAAGUAAACAAAACUCCGUGCUAGGACGUUAGCAUCCCAACAACGCGAGUAGACAGUAGUACCUGUACUACGGCGUGAAAUGAUUGCCCAAACCCCACAAACGUGUCCAACGAUUUGCCAGGAAACAAAAAUUAUUUGCAAGUAAAAAAACGAUUUUUUUGCAGGUAAACAAAACUCCAUGCUAGGACGCUAGCAUCGUAACAUCGCGAGUACACAGUAGUACCUGUACUACGGCGUGAAAUUACUGCCCUAACUCCACAAACGUGUUUCUACUUAACGCCCAACGUUUUGCCAAUAAACAAAAUAAUUAUCAAGUAAAAAUACUGAUUUUUUGCAAGUAAACAAAACUCCAUGCUAGGACGUUAGCAUCGCAACAACGCGAGUACACAGUAGUACCUGUACUACGGCGUGAAAUUACUGCCCGAACUCCACAAACGUGUUUCUACUUAACGCCCUACGUUUUGACUAUAAACUAAAUAAUUUGCAAGUAAAAAUAAUAAUUUUUUGCAAGUAAACAAAACUCCAUGCUAGGACGUUAGCAUCGCAACAACGCGAGUAGACAGUAGUUCCUGUACUACGGAGUGAAAUGAUUGCCCAAACUCCACAAACGUGUCCAACGAUUUGCCAGGAAACAAAAAUUAUUUGCAAGUAAAAAAACGAUUUUUUUGCAAGUAAACAAAACUCCAUGCUAGGACGCUAGCAUCGCAACAACGCGAGUACACAGUAGUACCUGUACUACGGCGUGAAAUUACUGCCCGAACUCCACAAACGUGUUUCUCCUUAACGCCCAACGUUUUGCCAGUAAACAAACAAAUUUUGCAAAUCAAAAUAAUGAUUUUUUGCAAAUAAACAAAACUUCAUGCUAGGACGUUAGCAUCGCAACAACGCGAGUAGACAGUAGUUCCUGUACUACGGAGUGAAAUGAUUGCCCAAACUCCACAAACGUGUCCAACGAUUUGCCAGGAAACAAAAAUUAUUUGCAAGUAAAAAAACGAUUUUUUUGCAAGUAAACAAAACUCCAUGCUAGGACGCUAGCAUCGUAACAUCGCGAGUACACAGUAGUACCUGUACUACGGCGUGAAAUUACUGCCCGAACUCCACAAACGUGUUUCUCCUUAACGCCCAACGUUUUGCCAGUAAACAAACAAAUGUUGCAAAUCAAAAUAAUGAUUUUUUGCAAAUAAACAAAACUUCAUGUUAGGACGUUAGCAUCGCAACAACGCGAGUAGACAGUAGUUCCUGUACUACGGAGUGAAAUGAUUGCCCAAACUCCACAAACGUGUCCAACGAUUUGCCAGGAAACAAAAAUUAUUUGCAAGUAAAAAAACGAUUUUUUUGCAAGUAAACAAAACUCCAUGCUAGGACGCUAGCAUCGUAACAUCGCGAGUACACAGUAGUACCUGUACUACGGCGUGAAAUUACUGCCCAAACUCCACACAUGUUUCUACUUAACGUCCAACGUUUUGACAGUAAACAAAAUAAUUUGCAAGUAAAAAUAAUGAUUUUUUGCAAGUAAACAAAACUCCAUGCUAGGACGUUAGCAUCGCAACUACGCGAGUACACAAUAGUACCUGUACUACGCAGUGCAAUGACUGCCCAAACUCCACAAACGUGUCCAACCAUUUGCCAGUAAACAAAAAUUAUUUGCAAGUAAAAAUAUGAUUUUUUGCAAGUAAACAAAACUCCAUACUAGGACGCUAGCAUCGCAACAACGCGAGUACACAGUAAUACCUGUACUACGGCGUGAAAUUACUGCCCGAACUCCACAAACGUGUUUCUACAUAACGCCCAACGUUUUGCCAGUAAACAAAAUAAUUUGCAAGUAAAUAAAUGAGUUUUUGCAAGUAAACAAAACUUCAUGCUAGGACGUUAGCAUCGCAACAACGCGAGUAGACAGUAGUUCCUGUACUACGGAGUGAAAUGAUUGCCCAAACUCCACAAACGUCUCCAACGAUUUGCCAGUAUACAAAAACUGUUGGCAAGUAAAAAAACUAUUCUUUGCAAGUAACCAAAACUCCAUGCUAGGACGUUAGCAUCGCAACAACGCGAGUACACAGUAGUACCUGUACUACGGCGUGAAAUUACUGCCCGUACUCCACAAACGUGUUUCUACUUAACGCCCAACGUUUUCGCCAGUAUACAAAAUAAUUUGCAAAUAAAAAAAAUGAUUUUUUGCAAGUAAACAAAACUCCGUGCUAGGACGUUAGCAUCCCAACAACGCGAGUAGACAGUAGUACCUGUGCUACGGCGUGAAAUGAUUGCCCAAACCCCACAAACGUGUCCAACGAUUUGUCAGGAAACAAAAAUUAUUUGCAAGUAAAAAAACGAUUUUUUUGCAGGUAAACAAAACUCCAUGCUAGGACGCUAGCAUCGUAACAACGCGAGUACACAGUAGUACCUGUACUACGGCGUGAAAUUACUGCCCUAACUCCACAAACGUGUUUUUACUUAACGCCCAACGUUUUGCCAAUAAACAAAAUAAUUAUCAAGUAAAAAUACAGAUUUUUUGCAAGUAAACAAAACUCCAUGCUAGGACGUUAGCAUCGCAACAACGCGAGUACACAGUAGUACCUGUAUUACGGCGUGAAAUUACUGCCCGUACUCCACAAACGUGUUUCUACUUAACGCCCCACGUUUUGCCAGUAAACAAAAUAAUUUGCGAGUAAAAAUAAUGAUUUUUUGCAAGUAAACAAAACUUCAUGCUAGGACGUUAGCAUCGCAACAACGCGAGUACACAGUAGUACCUGUACUACGGCGUGAAAUUACUGCCCGAACUCCACAAACGUGUUUCUACUUAACGCCCAAUGUUUUGCCAGUAAAUAAAAUAAUUUGCAGAUAAAAAUUAUGAUUUUUUUUGCAAGUGAACAAAACUUCAUGCUAGGAUGUUAGCAUCGUAACAUCGCGAGUACACAGUAGUACCUGUACUACGGCGUGAAAUUACUGCCCGAACUCCACAAACGUGUUUCUACUUAACGCCCAAUGUUUUGCCAGUAAACAAAAUAAUUUGCAAAAUAUAAUAAUGAUUUUUUACAAGUAAAAAAACUUCAUGCUAGGACGUUAGCAUCGCAACAACUCGAGUUCGCAGUAGUACCUGUACUACGGAGUGCAAUGACUGCCCAAACUCCACAAACGUGUCCAAUGAUUUGCCAGUAUACAAAAACUGUUUGCAAGUAAAAAAACUAUUCUUUGCAAGUAACCAAAACUCCAUGCUAUGACGUUAGCAUCGCAACAACGCGAGUACACAGUAGUACCUGUACUAUGGCGUGAAAUUACUGCCCGUACUCCACAAACGUGUUUCUACUUAACGCUCAACGUUUUGACUAUAAACUAAAUAAUUUGCAAGUAAAAAUAAUAAUUUUUUGCAAGUAAACAAAUCUUCAUGCUAGGACGUUAGCAUCGCAACAACGCGAGUACACAGUAGUACCUGUACUAUGGCGUGAAAUUACUGCCCGAACUCCACAAACGUGUUUCUACUUAACGCCCAACGUUUUGCCAAUAAACAAAAUCAUUUGCAAGUAAAAAUAAUGAUUUUUUGCAAUUAAACAAUGUUAUUGUUUUUUUUUCCACUCCUUUUUCAUUUGCUUUGUUUCCACUCGUAAUUUAUUUGCUUUGUUUCCACUCGUAAUUUAUUUGCUUUGUUUCCACUCGCAAUUUCUUUGUCUUGUUUUCACUCGCAUUUUCUUUAUUUUGUUUCCACUUGCAAUUUCUUUGUUUUGUUUCCACUCGCAAUAUUUUCCUUGCUCUGUUUCCACUUGCAAUCUUUCCAUCGCUUUGUUUCCACUCGUAUUUUAUUUGCUUUAUUUCCACUCGCAAUUGUUUUGCUUUUUUUCCACUCGCAAUUUCUUUGCUUCGUUUCCACUCGCAAUUUCUUUGCUUUGUUUCCACUCGCAAUUUCUUUGUUUUGUUUUCACUCGCAAUUUUUUUGCUUCAUUUCCACUUGCAUUUUCUUUGCUUCAUUUCCACUCGCAUUUUCUUUGCUUCGUUUCCACUUGCAAUUUCUUUGCUUUGUUUCCACUCGCAAUCUUUUCUUUGCUCUGUUUCCACUCGCAAUCUUUCCAUUGCUUUGUUUCCACUCGUAUUUUAUUUGCUUUAUUUCCACUCGCAAUUUUUUUGCUUCUUUUCCACUCGCAUUUUCUUUGCUUUGUUUCCACUCGCAAUUUCUUUGCUUUGUUUCCACUCGCAAUUUCUUUGUUUUGUUUUCACUCGCAAUCUUUUCUUUGCUUUGUUUCCACUCGCAAUUUUUUUGCUUCAUUUCCACUUGCAUUUUCUUUGCUUCAUUUCCACUUGCAUUUUCUUUGCUUCAUUUCCACUUGCAUUUUCUUUGCUUCAUUUCCACUCGCAUUUUCUUUGCUUCGUUUCCACUUGCAAUUUCUUUGCUUUGUUUCCACCCGCAGUUUCUUUGUUUUGUUUCCACUCGCAAUCUUUUCUUUGCUUUGUUUCCACUCACAAUCUUUCCGUUGCUUAGUUUCCACUCAUAUUUUAUUUACUUUGUUUCCACUUCUAAUUUCUUGGCUAUGUUUCCACUUGGAAAUGUCUUUGCUCUGUUUUCCCUCACAAUUUAUUUGCUUUGUUUCCACUCGCCAUUUCUUUGCUCUUGUUUCCACUCGCAAUUUCUUUGCUUUUGUUACCACUUGCAAUUUCUUAGCUUUGUUUCCACUCGCAAUUUCUUUUGCUUCGUUUCCACUCGCAAUUUCUUUGUUUUGUUUCCACUCGCAAUCUUUUCUUUGCUUUGUUUCCACUCACAAUCUUUCCGUUGCUUAGUUUCCACUCAUAUUUUAUUUACUUUGUUUCCACUUCUAAUUUCGUGGCUAUGUUUCCAAUUGGAAAUGUCUUUGCUCUGUUCUCCCUCACAAUUUAUUUGCUUUGUUUCCACUCGCCAUUUCUUUGCUCUUGUUUCCACUCGCCAUUUCUUUGCUCUUGUUUCCACUCGCAAUUUCUUUGCUUUUGUUACCACUUGCAAUUUCUUAGCUUUGUUUCCACUCGCAAUUUCUUUUGCUUUGUUUCCACUUGCAAUUUCUUUGUUUUGUUUCCACUCGCAAUCUUUUUUUUGCUUUGUUUUCACUCACAAUCUUUCUGUUGCUUAGUUUCCACUCAUAUUUUAUUUGCUUUGUUUCCACUUCUAAUUUCUUGGCUAUGUUUCCACUCGCAAUUUCUUUUGCUUUGUUUCCACUCGCAAUUUCUUGGCUAUGUUUCCACUUGGAAAUGUCUUUGCUCUGUUUGCCCUCACAAUUUAUUUGCUUUGUAUCCACUCGCCAUUUCUUUGCUCUUGUUUCCACUCGCAAUUUAUUUGCUUUUGUUACCACUUGCAAUUUCUUGGCUUUGUUUCCACUCGCAAUUUCUUUUGCUUUGUUUCCACUCGCAAUUUCUCUGCUCUGUUUACACUUGCAAUUUAUUUGCUUCGUUUCCACUCGCAAUCUUUGCUUUGCUUUGUUUCCACUCACAAUUUCGUCGCUUUGUUUCCACUCACAAUUUCUUUGUUUCGUUUCCACUCGCAAUUUCGUUGCUUCCUUUCCACUCGCAAUUUCGUUGCUUCGUUUCCACUCGCAAUUUCGUUGCUUCGUUUCCACUCGCAAUUUCUUUGCCCUGCACGGUCUCUUUGAUUUCUUUACGGCCACAACACGUCCGCGCGACACAAAGCAGGUGCGACUUGUCUUCCCUUUAGUCGAGGCAAACGCCACAAAAUGCACGAGUCAUGACUUAUUUUGAUCGUUUUUCCUUAAAGUGCUGUAAAACCAUGACGCGGCCGGCCUCUGCGUGACUUCAUUUUUUUCAAGCGAGCCUUUUCUACAUUCGUGCCAAACUGUGCAGUCGCUCGUACGAUCACGGCCGGUGUCGUCCCCGCAUUGUCCGCAGUGUUUUAUAGUAGCGUGUGUCGUCGUCGUCGCUCAAAUGUCGCUUGUUUCACCGAGAAAAAAUAAAUAAAUUGUGCUACGCCCUGCAGAGAGUUGAAUUAAAACACACUGUAAAAAAAAAAUAAUAAUCUGUUGUUUUUGCAGUAAAGAACUGGCAGCUCAGUCACAAUAUUUUUUUUAGGCUGAAUUACUGUAAAUGCACAAACAGUACCACUGUUAUUUUUACGGUACAAAGUAAGGUGACUGAGCUGACAGUUUUUUUUUACUGUAAAAUAUAUGGUAGUUGUUUUUUUGUUUUUUUACAACGGCAAAAUGGUACCACUGUUAUUAUUACAGUAAACAGCCAUUUUUUUUUUUACCGUUAAAAUCUACCGACAUUUUUUUCUUUUACAAUGCUGGGUAAAGAAAAGUGCUUGUGCUAAGGUUGGCUUUUUAAUUUUAACUCAUUUUGUAAACACCUGAUGUUAUUUAUUAGUAUUUAUAUAUAUAUGUGUGUGCGUGUGUGUGUGUGUGCGUGUGCGCGUGUGUGUUCUGUAUGUUUAUGUUUUCGGUAAACACAUUUUGUUUCUCAAGUUGUUUUUAAAAACAGAUGCAUACUUUUAUGUGAUCAAGCCGCCGUCUUUUGUAAAUAAAUCAAAUGAGAGAUAUCAAAAAAAGACUUCAAAUACUCUUUGUUCUUUUAAAAAAAUAUAUAUAUAUAUAUUUUUUCAACAUUUGUUCAAUUACAUUUUUUUGACACACCAGCUAACAGAAAUACAAAGUUUUUUUGUAUUGCAACCACCCCCCUCUCCCCCCCCCAAAAAUAUAUCCUUGCAGAAAAAUUAAGUGUGGUAAAAUUUUAUGUAUAUAAAAAAAAAAAAAAAAAGUUCGGUCACACAAAAUUUUUAUAUACUGAAUUUUUCUGCGAUUAAAUUUUUCACAAUGAAUUUUCAAAUACUGAUCAAUGGCAAUUAAAGUUCAGAGAAUCUGGAGCAAUCCUUUCAUGUAAGCCAUGGUAUUACAGACCUUGGAUCCCUCAGGCGGUACUGCAUCAAAAAAGCGACAUCAGUGUGUAAAGGAUAUCACCACAUGGGCUCAGGAACACUUCAGAAAAACCACUGUCAGUAACUACAGUUGGUCGCUACUGUUAUGGUUAACUGAGGAAGGUGACGGCAACAGACACUAGAGGAUUGUGUAGCUCUAUAGAUUUGUUUCUCGAGUUGUUUUUAAAAACAGAUGCAUACUUAUAUGUGAUCAAGCCGUCGUCUUUUGUAAAUAAAUCAAAUGAGAGAUAUCAAAAAAAGACUUCAAAUACUGUCUUUUAUUUUUUAUUUAUUUAAUUUAUUCUUUUUUUUUUUUUACAUUUCUUCAAUUACAUUUUUUUGACACACAAGCUA